ACUUAUUUCUCCGUGUCAGUGGGUGUGAGCUUUGAUUCUGUGUGUGUGCACUUACUGUUUGCACACAGAGCGGCAUGAGGCGAUACUGAGCAGCACAUACGCAGAAUUUCCCGACGGAAAACAAUAGCUUUGCCUUACGCAGUGUUAUAUUCUUGUUUGUAAACUAAACAAAUUAUAGCCUAUGCUUAGAAUGUCGGUAGGGAUAGAGUCUGGCUUCUCGAGUGAGGAGGUGCUGAACAUUCGCUUCCCUUUGCACCGGGCGUGCAGGGAUGGAGAUGUGGGCGCCUUGUGCUCGCUUCUUCAGUUUACUACCAACCAGGCAGACCUAGCCGUGGAAGAUUCUUUCUAUGGAUGGACACCGCUACACUGGGCUGCCCAUUUUGGAAAGCUGGAGUGUGUGAUGCGCCUGGUGCAGGUGGGUUGUGGCGUGAACUCCGUGACCUCGCGCUUCGCCCAGACACCCACGCACAUCGCUGCCUUUGGAGGCCACCCUGACUGCCUGCUGUGGCUGCUGCAAGCUGGGGCUGACAUCAACCGAAAGGACUAUGUGGGUGAGAGCCCCAUCCAUAAGGCUGCCCGUGCCGGCAGCAUCGACUGUAUUAAUGCCCUCCUGAUGCGGGGGGCCAAAGCGGACUUGAGGAACGCCAGUGGGCUGACUGCUGCAGACCUGGCCCAUGCCCAGGGCUUUCAGGAGUGUGCACAGCUCCUGGCCAACGCGCAGAACCAGCAGCUUAACUGCAUGACCUCCACCAACGGCUCCAUCCUCAAUGGGGACCAAAACAUCAGCCAGCUGCGCAGCUUCCACAAGGGGGCGCCAAGCAGGAAGAGGUCCCUGGACAGCAUGGAGCCGGACCACAUCAAGAAGGCCAGAACUGGCACUAUCCAGUUCCCCAUGAAGGCCCUGAACGGCUGUGCCCAAGAGGACCUGAUGGAGGCCAUGCACGCACAAUCCUGCUCUGCAACUACCUCAGGUGGGAACGGAUCCUUCCCCUUUGGGUCCAAUGGCUGCGCCGGGCCGCUGGAGGCGGACAUGGGCCUUGAGCCGGAGGCCGUGCCCAUGGACGGCUCGUCUGUCGCUCCCAAGGAGCUGGAGAUCAUCACUGUGGCCUCCAUGCACAUCCCGUGUCGCGUCACCAACUCCUACGCCUACCUGUAGUGGCCUUACCUGUAGAGGCCUUACUGGCCCCUCACUGGCGAGAGGCGAGCCGUUUUGAGGUUUAUUUUGAGUGUGUAAACGCCAGUGAGUCAAUGUGACCUGUGUGGUGUUGGGUAGUUUGGCUUACACGUCCCAUUUUGAAUGGAGAGACGCUCAUAAGGUGUCUCUCUCUCGUGAGCUCUUGUCCUGCCGACUUCACCCUACUCCGGUACAACUCGGCCUGUGUGUGUAUGGUAGUGCUAGCAUUUUGUUAUGGUAAGUGCCAGGCAUGCUUGUAUAUAGUUGAAAAACUGGCCAAACCAUUUAAGGCCCACCUUUUUUACAUUACCCUCUACAGAUGUCAUCAUUUGAAUUGUCAUCUCUUUGUCCUUUCUGAUCUUUGUUGCGAACUCUACAUGAUUUAUGUGUCGUGCCCUUGUUGUUCUAGUGCAAAAUGCACAGAAACGGAACAAGAUUCCAUUUCAUUAGAUACAUUCCUCAGCAUUCGUGAGUCAUCUGGCAAUGCAGACAUUUUCUGAACAGCUCAGUGUCUAUUGUAGGAUGUCUUGCCCAGACAUGCAGUUGCGUUAGCAAUGGUCCUUGAGCAACUCAAGACUACUGUAUGCAUGUACUGUAUUUAGAACCAGUACUGUAACUCAGACACCACCCUUAAGUCUUUAAGCCCCAUGGGUUUUUUGGCUGAUGAAGUUGAUAACCAGCUUUCUGUUAAAAGUGUGACGUCUGCCGUCUGUGUUUUCUUAUCUCCCUGAGCAGAGGUAACCCUUAAAGAAAUACUCUUGCCCCAGAACUGUGCAAAAAAAUCGCCUCACUUGUCUCUUUGAGUGUUGGGCAUUUUGCGGUGCAAAGUCCAUCUUUAUGUGUCUCGUGUUUCCCUUUUAUCUUGUUAUUCAUUUUGUAUUCUCGUUAUGCCAAAGCAUAUCUACAUGAAUGUAAGAAAUACAUUAACCUUCGCUGUGCAGCUUCUCUGUGUGUUUGCUUGUAGAAAGUGGCAAGGUGCUUUUUAACCCUCUGUCUACCCAUCCUUUUCCUCUAAAGGCUAAGUGGGCCUGUGUUAGGGUAGUUUUCUCUGUAUCAUUUCUUUAAGUUAAAUGAUAGAAACAUUGAGAUAUAUAAUCUCUAGAUACAUGUAUGGGGCCCUUUGGUGUGAGGGAAUUGUAACAUAUAAAUAUAUUUUUUUGUUUUUGCAUCUGAUAUUUAGCUUGUUCUAGAUUUUGAGUGCAAAUGUUGAAAAUAAGUGAUUGUUUGUUCUUUUUUUUGAAGAUAUGAGUACAUUUUUAAAAGGUGUAGCAAGACUGAUACUUUAGAAAAUGCUUUUUCCUAUAUACUGAUUCUUUAAAGGGAAGAAAAUAAUUGUUGGACAUAAAGGCUAAGCAAUAAGAACACACUUUUCCCUUCAGCCUAAAUGCACAACUUUCUGGUCCACUGAAUUUAUAGCGAUCGUUUGUGGUGAUUCCUGAGGUGACAUCCAGACAGGAUUAUCCAUGUAAAUGACCCGACUGCAUCCUUGUGAUGUAGAGCGUGGCGUCAUGAUGAUAAACACUGAAACAGUUGAACGUUUUUUUGUUGAUUGUAUUUUUGUUGAACUCAUUAAAUGUUCUGUCCUGAAAUACCA